CUGACGGAGCUGAGGCAGCUGCGAGAGGAAGAGGCUGGGGACCGUGAAACCCAAAAAGUCUUGGUUCUCUCAGUUACUGCCCGCAUCGAGUCCGCAGCAGGCCUUCAGCACCAUGGACAGCCGCGUCGGCUCUGGGAACACCAGCGACUGUUCUGACCCUUUGGCUCCAGGGAGUUGCUCCCCAGCACCUGCCUCCUGGCUCAACUUGUCCCAUGUAGAUGGCAACCAGUCCGACCCAUGUGGUCUGAACCGCACCGGGCUUGGCGGGAGCGACAGCCUGUGUUCUUCGCCUGGCAGUCCUUCCAUGGUCACAGCUAUAACCAUCAUGGCCCUCUACUCUAUCGUGUGCGUAGUGGGCCUCUUCGGAAACUUCCUGGUCAUGUAUGUGAUUGUCAGAUACACCAAGAUGAAGACUGCCACCAACAUCUACAUCUUCAACCUUGCUCUGGCAGAUGCCUUGGCAACCAGCACACUGCCCUUUCAGAGUGUCAACUACCUGAUGGGAACGUGGCCCUUCGGAACCAUCCUCUGCAAGAUCGUCAUCUCGAUAGAUUACUACAACAUGUUCACCAGCAUAUUCACCCUCUGCACCAUGAGCGUGGACCGCUACAUUGCUGUCUGCCACCCGGUCAAGGCCCUGGAUUUCCGUACCCCCCGAAAUGCCAAAAUUGUCAAUGUCUGCAACUGGCUCCUCUCUUCUGCCAUUGGUCUGCCUGUCAUGUUCAUGGCAACCACAAAAUACAGGCAGGGAUCCAUAGAUUGCACCCUCACGUUCUCGCAUCCCACCUGGUACUGGGAGAACCUGCUCAAAAUCUGUGUUUUCAUCUUUGCCUUCAUCAUGCCAGUCCUCAUUAUCACCGUGUGUUAUGGACUGAUGAUCUUACGGCUCAAGAGCGUGCGCAUGCUGUCAGGCUCCAAGGAAAAGGACAGGAACCUGCGCAGGAUCACCAGGAUGGUGCUGGUGGUCGUGGCUGUGUUCAUCGUCUGCUGGACCCCCAUCCACAUCUACGUCAUCAUCAAAGCCCUGAUCACGAUUCCAGAGACUACCUUCCAGACGGUUUCCUGGCACUUCUGCAUCGCCCUGGGUUACACAAACAGCUGCCUGAACCCUGUUCUUUAUGCGUUCCUGGAUGAAAACUUCAAGCGCUGCUUUAGAGAAUUCUGCAUCCCAACCUCCUCAACGAUCGAACAGCAGAACUCCACUCGAGUCCGUCAGAACACUAGAGACCACCCCUCCACGGCUAACACAGUGGAUCGAACCAACCAUCAGCUGGAAAACCUGGAAGCAGAAACUGCUCCAUUGCCCUAACUAGGUUCCCAUGCCAUCCAGAGUCUCGCUGAGCUUAGAGGCCACCAUCUACUUGGAAUCCGGUUGCUGUUGGGCUACGUAGGAGGCUCUGGUUUCCUAGAGCAUCACUCAAAGCCUGCCCUCUCUGGCUACUUUAUCCUGCAUAUGAGAGACAUUCAUACUGUACCAAGCACUCGGGAGGAAGAUUAUAUGAUACUACUAAAUCCAGUUCAUAUACAGGACCACCAGAAACACACUCAGUGGACCACAAUACUCUAUGGUAUGUGAGCUGCGGUCAUCACAGAAGAUGACCCCUUUGUGUGUAGAAUUUCUAUUUUCAAGAAAAUACAUAUGACCUUAUCAAAAAGAAAUUAUCAAUUGUUAAGUUCAUUGUAGUAAACCCUAAGGUAAAUGCUACCUCUAACCUCUAACUCAGUCACCUUCUAUGGAAAGUUCCAGUCUUUCUGGUCUUUUGUAAGGGGAUAUGUUUGACCUACAAUGUUCACCUUGAAAUCAUUGUCUAGUUAAGACGUCAGGGCCACUUCCAUUUUUUGGUUUUGUAUUGUUUGAAAGAACAUAUCUUCUCCAUAGCUCCGUAAUGAAAAUGAAGGGGAUGCCAAACAUGGUGUCAGCUGCAGAGUGCUUGAUUCCCACACUGAAAUGACUUUCUGGGAGUUACAAUAUGGGGAUGGCCUCCCUAAUUCCCUCGCUGUCCUCCAAGUGUUCCCAAGUUAAGUUUAUGAAGUUACCCAGUGAACUCAUCAUGCCAUCCAAGCCAGAAGCCACGAGUUUUGCUAUCUUUAUUUCUCCCUAACAUUGCCAUUCUGCAUGCUUUCUUUUAGAUUAUUUUCUCUGAUGCCUUCUGAAACAGCAUGAUAAAACAACAGAUUUUUUUUUAGGUGACAGGAAAGUUUAAGCAUUUUUUUAAAAUAUGGACCCAAUAAACAUAAUUACAAGACAGACUCAAACAACCAUAUAGAAAACGAUGUGAUCUGUUUCUCAAUCCUAUGUAGUUACUUCAAUAUGAAAUAUUAAAAAUACCCAAACCUCUUUCCCUAAAGAUUUGCAUUUUUUGUAAUGUCAUAAUUAUUAUCUUGGUCUUUUUUUUUCUUGACUAAAUAUCAAGAUUUCCUUGAUAAGACAUCAAUCUUCAAUGUAACAUCUCUAAGAAAAGUCCUGUCUGACUAGAUUUUUUUUUUUUUUUUUUUUUUUGAUGUGACAUGCUGUUGGGAUUUGGCAGUCGCCCAAUUUUAGAUCUGGAGUAACAGCCAAGUCAAAUGGCCCAUGCAAGGAAGUUCACCACUUUAAACUUUUGUCAUCUUCUAUGGAGAUGGAAGUAGAUAGCAAGACCCUUGGUCCUGCUCCUGACAAGGGUUCCAGAGUCUGCAUGCAGCCAGCAGAUACUACUGUAAAAUGUGUAUCCCUUUAUCUGUCCAACAAGACACCAAUAUGCUUCACAGUUUCUGGAAGACAGCUGUCAUAGAUCAGAAUAACUGGAUUUACUGUCUCGGAUCUGAUUGGCUAUAAUUACAUGGACCCGGCCAUGUAUCCAUUAGAGGAGGAAAAGAAAACAAGAUAAGUGUUUUAAUGUUUCCUUUCAAUGAUGGCUCUAAUAACCUCCAUUUCUCAGAUGUUACAUCCCAGGAUAGAUGGGCUUUGUAUCGCAGUUUUUACAUUUUCUGACAGAAGUAACUAAAACCAAAAUCUUAAAAAGAUUCGGGGUUUUAAAAUGGAAAACGCAAAUGAGACUCACUAGGGAGGGUGAAGUAUGAAUGUAAGUGCGGAGGAAGAACGUUCUUACUUCCAGGAUGCUGUGUGGCACACAUUUUCUCUGGGGGUAGCACAGUGUUGUUUCUGUUCACAGGGCCCCUUUUCAGUUCUCACGAUUCCUGAACAAUGACCUACUCUGGGUGGGAACUACCUGGCAUAUGACUGAGAGAAAAGUGGACUUGAUUUAGGACUUGACCCAUGAUUUUUUUUUUCUGCAAGCAUCAUACAUGUGUGCACAAGGCUCUUUCAUAUCAUCUCUUACAAAAGAAAAUACACUAUGAAAGAGUUAAUUUUAAAACUACAAUCUAAAGCCAGAAAGGCAUUACCAGUGUGUUUUGAUAGAAAGCCAGUUUCAAAGUCUGCAUGCUAGAACUACCUUGCAGCUC